CAGCACUGCGGAUCUGUAAAUGAUAAAGCCAGGACAGAAAGGCUGAUAUCCUCUAAAAAUGAGUCAGUCAGACAACAGCUUUGAGCCAAAUGUUAUUGACGAUGAAAUGCUUCAGAAAGCAGUUGAAGAGCAAUGGCCGGAGGACAUAAGGAAGCUUGCCAAAGCAGAAGGUAUUAACUUUAAAGAGGUGAUGGAGCUACAGCUUAGUUUUAGAAAUAUCCUGCAGAUUGAUAAUCUGUGGCAAUUUGAGAAUCUUACUAAGCUGCAGCUGGACAACAACAUCAUUGAGAAGAUAGAAGGUCUGGAGAGUCUGGUUCACCUUGUGUGGCUUGACCUGUCCUUCAACAACAUUGAAGUAAUUGAGGGCCUGGAUACCCUUGUCAAACUGCAGGACCUAAGCCUCUACAACAACAGAAUAUCUAAAAUUGAGCACAUGGACACACUGCAAAAGCUACAGAUUUUCUCCAUUGGAAAGAAUAACCUGACCAGUCUGGAAAAUGUGGUCUAUCUUAGAAGGUUUAAGAACUUAAACACACUGAAUCUCACUGGGAAUCCUUUCUGUGAUGAAGAGCAGUAUAUGCUGUUUGUUGUUGCUCACCUUCCAGGCUUGGUAUACUUGGACUUCAAACUCGUGAGUGACACCACACGAGAAGUUGCCAUUUCAAAUUACCACUACCUCACUGACCUGCUGGAACACGAGGAAGCCCAGGCCCUCGCUCAGCUGGAGGAAAAGCAGGCACAGCAGAAGGAGCUGGAGUACCACAAGACAGCCUUUGUUGAGUACCUGAAUGGAUCAUUCCUGUUUGACAGCUUGUAUGCAGAGGAUACAGAAGCUGCCAAACUGGCUUACCUCCCCGGAGUGGAUGACCUGCUGCAGGCAUACAGGAAAGAUUUUGUCUCCGUUUGUGAGAACCUGUUUAACUACUGUCUGAAAGAGCAUGAAAAACGAGAAGCUGAAGUCUCUGAUUUCUAUGAAGGCCUCCGCGAAGUGCUGACAGCCAACCAAGAAGAAGGCAGGAGAAUAAUCCUAGACUUUGAAAAUCAGAACAAAACGAGGCUGGAUGAGAUCCAUCAUGCCAGCAGUCACGACACUGCUGAGUCUAUGCGAGCUGAGUACAACGAGGACAUCCUUCAGCUGUCAGAAACACUCAUGACCUUGGAAAUGCAGAUGGUGGACCAGCUGGAGGAACUGAUAAAGGAAUUUGAAGGAAACAUUGCUGUCAUUGCAUCAACAUUCACUGAAAACGUUAAAGGCAUGAUGACACAGUGCCGGGACCUCGAAAACCGUCACCAUGAGAAGCUGCUAGAGAUCUCCAUCAGUGCUCUGGAGAAAUCACUUAACAAUGAGCUCGAUGAGGAAUUGCCAGAUGAUGUUCGUGAGUUUCUUGUGGACAAAAACACCAUUGUCAACAUGGUCGACAAAUCCCAUAAUAUCCACCUGCUGAAGAUCAGCAUGCGAGAGUGUGACAUCCUCCUCAACAUGUAUCGCUGGGAGGCCUCUGUGAAAGAGAAGGCUCUUCAAGACGAGAUUGACAGAAACCGCAACCGUAUCAAAGAGAUUUUUCAGUACAUCGAUGAUCUCCAGGAGCAGCUGGAUAACACACAGAUUCCAGAGCUCACGGAGUAGGUCUGCCAUGGGCCAGGCAGCUGCCUUAUCUGGGUGCACACAGCAGCAAAACACUCAGCAAGGACACUGCCCCUCUGUGCCUGUGCUGUCUGGAACAUUUCAGGCCAAAGGCCUGCUUCCAUCCUGCCACAGUCAGCAAAUAAAAGAUACUUAUUGUUUCUGUAAAA